UAUGUUAAAUCCAUUUGGACAGUUUUGGACAGUUUUGGACGUCCAAAGCUCGGUGUCCAAAACCGGUUUUAACCACUUUUGGACGGUUGUUUUGGACAGUGGAAAAAACCACAGCAAAACACUGCUGACAGUGUUAGUAACACUGUCACGGAUGUCGUGGCACAAUGGAGAGUACAUAUGCACGGGGCCAUUCUCCGGUGUGCCUUCAUAGAGUCCGUUCUCUAUGAAAAGAGCCUCCUUGUGGGAGACCAGUCUUAAAUGUACUGCAAAAAUAUAGGCUAUAAAAUGGUUAACUAACUAACCAACUUUUCCUACUGAGCAAAUUAAGGACUAAUUUUCCAUAGCAAAAGUUUGCUUACAAAUCUUGCUAAUUAGCAAAUAAAUUUCUAAAAUUCACAUUUAUCAUAACUUCACGUGAAAAUUAUUGGUUUGCAUUUAUUUAAAAUGUUUUGCAACAUUCUCCAAAUUCCUGAAAUUUUGAGCCCACGCUUCCGUAUAAGAAAAUUCAUUAUAAGGAAGAUCAUACUUGGCGGCCAGAGCCAUCACCUUAUCCCUCACUAAAUACGAUCGGAACGGUGGUAGCGUCGGGAAGAGGUGAUGCACUAUUUCAAAAUUUAGAUACCCUGUCCACCAAUCCAUCCACAAACUGGACUUGAUAUUUGCCGUAUGGUGAAAUGCGUACUCGACCCAAUGCGUUUGUUUCUUAGCGACGGGUAGACGGCUAUGGGACAGGGCAAAGUUUCCAAAUAAGUACGUCCCGGCAACCCAAACUGCAAAAAUGAUGGUCCAUGGCGUUGCAAAGGACAACAGUAUCCACCAGUGAAUCCCCAUCAUGGCCAGGUCAAAGUAGUUCCUGUACUUUAUCGCACUUCGUGGACUGCUGUACAACCGCCAAGCCAUCGUGGCUAGGAAACAGUCCAAGGCCAGGAAUAGCCAUUUCUGGAGAAUUUGGUGAAUCCAUUAAAGACGCAGUCCUCCGACUCUUUCCAUCCUCAAGCUCCUACACGUCUCAAGAGGAGGAUGCAAUUCUGGAAUUUUACAACUUGUUUGAUGCGGACGAAUUAUUGCAAGAUUGGAAAAAAUACUUGCCAAAACCAAUGGUUAUAUUUGGUUUGCGAAUUUGCCAACUUGAAGCCCAUAAAAUGUUUGAACUUGCUCGAGCUCUUUUUGAAGUUGUCAUGAUAACUUUUCCCGACCUGAUAUCGCGCCUGGAGCCGAAGAAUUUACCAGAUAUUGGGACCUGUAAUAUGGUGCAGAUUUUGAAGAGAAACCAACAAGAAGUCGGACCUUCUGUGGUUGUGUUACGACUAAGCAAGUGGGAUCCCUCAAAAUUCAACUUGGACGACGUCCUGCUCUUUAACUUCCUACUCUACAUAUUCGCAGCAAGAUCUUCACCAGAAAUGCAGCGUGCUGGAGUUUUAGUUAUCGUGGACAUGCGCGGCCUAAAACUGGCACAUGUCAGUCACUUAACGACUUUUGACUUGGUAAAAAAAUCUGCAGUUAUUUCAAUGAAAGUUCCAACUAAGUUAUCCAGAAAGGUGGUCAAGGGAUGCAUACUCGUUCACAGUAAUGCCCUCGUCGUCCGUACUUUUCACGCUUUCAGGUGGCUAAUCCCAAAGAAAAUGAGGAAAAAGAUAGAAUUAACGCAGUCUGACAUGUCCUACGUAACAAAUAUAGUGGAUCCGCAAAAACUUCCGGAAGAGUUUGGGGGUGUGAUUGACGACAAGGAGGCAUAUUUUGAAGGCCUGGCCGAUGACUUAAUGUCUGACGCGAAAUUAGUUCCUGCUCUGGAGCAUAUUAAAAUUGAAAUUUUACGAAAUAGUGGAUACUAUAAAAUUAAUUAGUUUGGCACAAUUAGUCCAUAACAGAGCUAUUGAAGUGGAUAAUGAGUUCAUAGUUGAAGUAAUUAAUAAAAACUAUAAAUCAAAUUAAUUUUCAACCUAUAAUUAAGUUACUCAAGAAAGGUUAAACUAUCUUUGUAAAAGUGUAUGACGAAAUCAAGUUGCUCUGUAAAUAUACGUAAAUAGAUUUUGGAUUUA